AUGGCCGAGACAACAACGCAGUGCGUUACCCACGCGAAGGGCACGAGGAUACCGGGCCGCGGUGCGACCAUCAACAUCCCCUGCUUGAGCGGACCGGCUAGUCGUCUGCGGAACGCCAUAGGCCUGCCGGCAUCCAGUCCAGUAACCCAGAACGGAAGCUUCGAGUUUGAUCGCGUGGUCAAGUCGGGUUACGUCCACAAAAGUACUCGGAAAACAAAGGCCUGGAAACACGUAUUCCUCGUUCUCUGGCCGAAUUCGCUCUUCAUCUACAAAUCCGACAGCGAAAGCAAACUGCGCCAUAAGCCUCACACGAAAGCGGCUUAUCCUGAUGCUCCUCAGCCCAUUUUAGUCGCUUGUCUGCGUGUUCCUGGGUCAAAUACGGACGUGUUGCGGCUUCGUGAUGCCCGAUGCCCUCCCGGAGCAGAUGGCGACCGAUAA